CGCCGCCAUCUUGGAAGCGGGCAGAGCGCGAUGACGUCGCGGUGACGGCGUCAGACCGGGACGGGCGAGCGGAGCCGAGCGGGCCGAGCGAGGGAGCCACUGCCAGGUUUGCUGCUGCUGAAAUGGGGGAGUAUGGAGUCACUCCAGGCCAGCGUGUGGCCAUCGUCUGGGACAGCUCCUCGCCGGUCGAAGGCCUCAAGGAUUUGGUGGAUAAAGUCCAGGUGCUGGUGGGAGCUGAUAAUCGUGUCUCUGUGGAAAACGUUAACCAGCUGCCUCAGUCGGCUCACAGGGAGUCCAGUUUUGAUGUAAUCCUCUCGGGCAUGGUACCAGGCAGUACAGCACAGCACAGUGUGGAGCUCCUGGCAGAAGUAGCUCGGAUACUUAAGCCAGGGGGCCGUGUCCUCCUGAAAGAACCAGUGGUUACAGAAUCAGGAAGCAAUGGCAAAAUCAAGACAGCAGCCAAGCUCCUCACAACUCUGACUCUCUCUGGGUUGGUGGAAGUGAAGGAGCUGCAAAAGGAAGUGCUGAGCCCAGAGGAGGUCCAGUCUGUCAGAGAACAUCUGGGUUACCAAGGCAAUGACCUUCUCAUUGUUCAGAUAGAAGGCAGGAAGCCCAAUUUCGAAGUGGGAUCCUCAAGUCAGCUCAAACUGUCCUUUGCCAAGACACCUGGUCCUUCAGGAAAACCCUCUGUGGACCCAGCUGCUGCCAAGCUGUGGACACUGUCUGCCAAUGAUAUGAAUGAUGAAGAGAUGGAUCUUUUGGACUCUGAUGAGCUGUUGGAUUCAGAAGAUUUGAAAAAGCCAGAUCCAUCAUCCCUCAGAGCUCCAUCCUGCAAAGAAACGGGCAAAAAGAAAGCCUGCAAGAACUGCACAUGUGGCCUGGCUGAAGAACUGGAACAGGAGAAGAAGAGCUCACAGCCCAAAUCUGCCUGUGGAAAUUGCUACCUGGGGGAUGCAUUCCGCUGUGCCAGCUGCCCUUACCUGGGGAUGCCUGCCUUCAAGCCUGGAGAGAAGAUUCUCCUGCAAGAGAACCAGCUGCACGAUGCCUAACAAAGACAUGUCCUGCCAAGGACUCUGCUGCUUUUCUGUCACUCUGAGGUUCUUCCUGCAGUCCUCAUCCUCUCAAACUCAUGCUCUCCAGCUAAUACUCCAUGUGUGGAGGGACACUGCGGGCACUGACACUGCUGUGAGCUCACCGCUUGCCAUCAGCCUUGGGCUACCUGAUCCUCUGGUGACAAGUCAUGUAUUAGACUUCAUGUUACACCUUGUUUUGGCUGACCUGACUUGAUCCUGGACGCUGGCUGUCACAGCGUGUCCCACCAGUAGAGGGAAGUACAGUCACGUGUCAGGUUGUCCUUGUGUGCCUGUGGCAUUUCCCAUGCCCGUGUCCUACAGCUCUAAUUAGUCCUGAUUUUCCCUGGUGAAUCAGCAGCUCUGGCUCAGCCCCCGGCAUGAGUGGGCUCCUGCUCUCUUUGAAAUUUGAACCUGCAGCCCCUUAUCAUGUGGAGAUGGCUCAGCAGCUCCUGUGGCAAGUCAGGAGCUUGAGCAGUAUGUACACUUAGCAGUAUGUACUCUUAGCAGUGUGCAUGAUCUUCUUAGGAAAGGCUGGCAGGCAUGAUCAAUUUCCAGGUGUUUUGGGAGUCCCCUACCCCCAGCUGUUUCCAGCAAAAUGACAAAGUUUCAGUCCCACCAAGAACUCCUGCCUUUAAGGCAGGGAGCUGAUGAAACUAAACUGAUAACACAAGGGCAAUCUGAGACUGUCACCUCUCUUGGUGGUCACCCAAGUGAGUUACCUGCAGUGUCAAAUACUUAAGAACAUAGCAAUAACUUAAUCUCUAGAUGAUCUUUGGUCGCCAUCUGCUCCCUCUCUGUGAGAUACUAUUUAUUUGUGUAGUUACUGCUAGGGAAGCAUCCUGCAGGUGUGGGAUGAGGGUGCUGUUCACAUUUUGUGCCGGGCUUGCUUCUCACCCAGGGAGGGGGAGGAGGAAAGCCCACAUCCAGUGUCUCAGUGGGGAUUGUUUUGUUUGGGGCUCUUGCUCUACAGGAUGUGACUGCUUAUUGUGUGCUACCUGAGUUACUAAACUCAUGGAGGGUGCUGGGAUGAAAGGCUGCUCUGUUCUUGAAAUAAAAGUGACCAAUAAUAAAGCCUUUGUUUUAAGGCUGGUA